AUGGCCUCUCUCGCGACGUGGGAUGACUGCAUUGGGCCUGCCAAGUGGCUCAGCGAGCCGCUGCAGCGCGUUCUCAGCUACCCGAAGCCUUUGCCGGUUCAGCAGGCCGUCAUCCCGACCAUCAUGCGAGCGCUCAUGAGCGGGGUGCCGAACGAUGUCAGCCUCACCGCCCCCACCGGUAGCGGUAAAACACUUUGCUACUUAAUUCCGUUGGUGCGCCUCCUCACGGAGUCGAAGAAAGGCGUUGAUGAUAACGCGCUGCGCUGCUUGAUUCUCGUGCCAACACAAGCGCUGGGACAGCAAGUGCACCGCGAGCUGCAGCGCCUGACGCGUCCAAGCUCGAUCAAAGCCGCGUGCAUCUGUGCCGAGGUCGUGGAUGCAGCAAGGGGCACAUCGACAGAUGUGGAGGCAGCCGAGGCCCGCGAGCUGGUACGGCGAGUCGUGCUGCCUCGUUUUGGCAGCUCCGAGCAGCAUUCGGCGGACGGAUGCGAUAGUGCUGGCGAAAGUGAGGAAGACCCCGACAUGGUAGACGGCGACGAAGCGAACGACGGUGACGACGGUCGCUGCUUCGCCACGCGCCAGCAACACCGUACGAGGAACACCACCGUACGGUACUUCUCCAACGUCGACGUGAUUGUUUCCACGCCGCAGCGACUUCUUCAUCACCUCGACCACACGCGUGGGCUGCGCCUGGCAAGUUUGCGCUUGUUGGUGAUUGAUGAAGCGGACCAAGUGUUGGCCGGUAACUUCGCCUCGCAGGUUCAGAAGGUAAACGCGCGGUACGAGUUUGAGGUACAGCAGCAGCAACGACGCCAGCUACGGCAGCAAGAGCGCAUGUGUGCGCUUCUCACAUGCGCCAUAUCUUCCAACUUCGUUUCUCCUAGUGAAUCUUCCGUGUCAGCAGCCAUGGCAUCCCCAGCCCCGUUCCAACGGCUGGGCAGCCUCGGUGGCGCCUCUGCGAACGCCUUCUUGACUCGCUGUGGCCACAUCUUACACAAGGUUCUCUGCUCUGCAACGCUCUCGUCACGCAUCGCACGCAUCUCCAACGUGAAACUGCGCAACUGCAGCUACUACAUCCUCGACAGCAACGGCGAGGAACGCAAGGAGGAGGGGUUGGCGUCGUCGCAGCAGGCAAAAACGGAUGCAGGCGCGGCAACAGAUAGUGGCGCGGUGCUGCGCACCCAGUUCGCACUCCCGCCCACGCUGCAGGAGCACAUCGUCUUUGUGGAGGACACGUACCGGCCAGCGGUCUUGCUCAAGCUGGUGCACGCCUUGCGGAGCCGCAUUGCGGCCACAGCUGCACGGAAGCGUGCUUCGGCUGCCGCACGACGGCUUGCGGCCGAGACGGCUGUCGAUAGUGGUGACGAUCGUGCUCACAGAGAGGCGGACCUUCCCCGUAUAGUUGCAGCGCAGGACGCCACCACCGCCUCUGAAUCAUCGUCGUACCCGAACGUGGAGGACAGGGCAGGCACCGGCAUCCUCAUCUUCUGCGCCACCGCAGAGGAGGCGCGUGUCAUGAGCCACUUCCUCGCCGCUGCCGGAGUCUCGUCUGUCGUCGAGUUCACGACUCUCUCCAGCGAAGCAGAACGACGCCGCGCGCUGCUGGAGCGGACGGCCGACGCGGACGACACGGAACCUGGCGCCGAAGUCUCCUGCGUUGUAGCCUCAGACGCUCUCAUGCGCGGCAUCGACAUCCCGAACGUGGGCCAUGUCAUUAUGUACCACCCGCCCGAAGCUGUGUCGCAGUACGUGCAUCGUGCCGGGCGCACGGCGCGCGCGAUGCGGCCCGGCCACGUGCACCUGCUGCUGAGCAAGACGGGGCCGAGCGGCAAGCAGGAGGACGGCGAGAUGGCGCUGUACAAGCGGCUGUCUCGGUCACUUUUGCGAACGCGUCCGGUGUCGUAUGAGCGAGGCUUCUUCCGAUUUGCGGCAGCGCCGUCCGCCAGCGCGGCAACCUCAGCACCCAGUGCCGAUGCCACCGCAACCGCUGAGGAGGUUGGCUCCGCCGAGUGGUGGGUGGCUCAAGCCGGUCAGUUUCUCGUGCAAUCCCAGCAUCAGCUGCAGCGUCGGUGGGCCUCAGUUCUGGAGUCUGCCGCCGCAGCGGCCGCAGCGAAGUCGAAAGCAACUGCUGCCGCGAGCGAAGGCCGCUCCACAACAGCGGCCAUCACGACCCCCUGUAGGGACGCGGAUGCAAGCCAGAUGGAGGCAUCCCUAGGGAGGAAACGAGACCGCAGCGUUGUCUCUAACACAGCCAGGGCGAUGCCAGCGGCGGUGGGCAGUGGCUUGACUGCGCGAUGGCGCCGGUGA